AUGCAGCCUUUCAUUUUCGUCUGUGCCAUUAUUGCCAGUAUGGCAAUGACUGCUCCAACUGACUCAGCUGGAGGAGUUGUGCUGGAUAAGCGUCAGGUGGCUGACAGAUGUAGUGAAUGGCAUCAACAUGCACCUGCAAGUUUCAUUACAAUCUUGAUCGAAGUCGAGAAGGUUUUCCUUUAUCUUCGUGCAAAUGCAGAGACUAUACUGUAG